AUGCUCCAGCGUCUAGCUGCCGUCCUGGGCAUUUGCGCUGCAGAGGCGGCAGAGGAGGCGCAUGCAGCUACGCAGCUCACAGGGCCCUCCAGCGGCUGCGGCUCGCAUCGGCGCUGCACGAGCCUAGAGCCGGGUGAGUGGUUGGCGCCUGGAGAGUGGCUUACAAGCCCUUCUGAUGGGUAUGUUGCGGUUUUACAAGCAGACCAGCUGGAAGUCUUGGAGACCGACCUCAGGAGCCUGUUUGAUCCAGUCGCCUGCACCAGGAGCGUCAAAGUCCGCUUCACGGUUACUGCCACGCGUGGCGGCGGUGACGAGCGCCUGCCGCAAGGUGUGCAAUUGUCCGAGUUCUUGCUCUGGCGUGCAGGCGGCAAGCCAGUCCAGCCGACUGCAUCCAACGUGGCCUGUACCGCUGGAGUUGGGCCUCCCUACCAAGGACCCCGGAAUGCGGUAGAUGGAAAUUUGAGAACAAAGUGGUGGGUCUCAUCUGAGCCGAACGUGACGCUUGCCAUGGAUUUCUCACAUCUUCCGCACGAUGGACCUUUCCUGUUUGGCUUCACGACUGGUGAUGACAUGCCGUCCCGCGACCCUGUUCAGUGGCUUCUGGAGGCAUCCGUGGAUGGUUUUUCUUGGGUGGAGCUGCAUCGCCAAGACACAGCGUUCGCUACACCGACAUCCCGAUUUUCAAUGACGCAGCUCUUCGACGUCACGCAGAAGUGGGGACAGCUCCUGUGCCCAAAGUGCGCACUUGAUGGGCAAAGGCAAGAUCAGACAACACGGGAGCCUGUGGCCAUGGUGCUGACAGAUCUUGGCGCUCUGACUCUCAAGCCACGCAGCUCAUUCCCCAGCCGCGUCCCUAUCCAGAAUGAGUCGCCUGGGAUGGCAAUUUGCUGA